UGGACAUGACGCUACCAUUACCAAGUAAGGACGACGAUUCUCACGCUGAUACUUACGCCGUCACGCAGCCGUUACCCGCUAUCGGUACAAGUUCUCCACCGAACCCUAGCCGCCAAGAGACAGCUGCCAAGGACCCUAGCCGUUCUCUCCAGUUUCCCUGGUACGCCACUCCCUUUCCUUUAGCUCCCUUCCUCAACCGAACCCUAGCCGCCGCACCCAUGGAUCGAAAUGCUCCUGUCGUCGUUGUGGCAGAUGCUGUUGAUGCUGCUCGUGCUGCGGCUGUUGCAGCUGCGGAGGCUAGAUGUGCUGCGUUGGUGGCUGAGAAGGAGGCACGAGCGGCGGUGCAAUCUGCCAGUAAUGCCGCCGACAAGGUUAAACUUGUCGUCGAAGCUGUGAAGUAUCGAAGCUUUGUUGAAGAUAACUCCAAGGUGACUGAUUUUGUUUCUCUCUUCGUUUGCCGCAUUUUUAAUAUGGUUCAGGGCUGCUGUUCAUUUUAGGGCUGCUGUUCAUUCGAA